AUGGCUUAUAGUAAUUCUAACGAAAAACAUUCGACUACACGGUUUGCUGAUUUGGGUGCAUUACCAAAACGAAUGUUGGCACCAAUCGAAGGCUAUGAAAAAACACCAUUAGUAACACUUGAAGAAGCUGUAAAACCUCUUGUCAAUAUAGUACCAAAAGUCGAACGAAAUGUAUUCAUAGUGAAACAGAAUUGUCAAGAACCAGAAGAUAGUUUAACAACUGAUGAAUCAGCUGCCAUUAUGCUCUAUACCUAUGAAUCUAUACCACAUGAAGACUCCUUAUACGUGAAAUUGAAUGAUAGUUUACGAUCUGAAAAAAGAAAAAAUUUAGUUCCAUGGCUUUUCUAUCUCAGACUCAUACUAACGGCACUGGCUCGUCUUCCAUCAGAAUGCUCUGCUAUUUUACGAGGAAUCAAAGAAGACUUGUCGGCUGAAUAUUCAAAAGGCAAGACUUUUAUUUGGUGGGGAUUUUCAUCUUGUACUUCAUCCAUCGAAGUGCUUGAAAAUGAACCUUUUUUUGGAAAAACUGGAAACAGAACCCUAUUUCAAAUACAUAGUACUACAGCAAAAGACAUAAAAAAACAUUCAUUUGUGCCUAGUGAACAUGAAGUACUCCUAUUGCCUGCGAGACAAUUUCAAAUUACAUCUUGUCUUGAUUCCGGAAACAAACUUCAUAUUGUACAACUCAAAGAAUUAAAACCGCAAUACGAUCUUCUUGCACCAGUUUCAGUACCUAACUUAUCAGUGCAACUUAAGAAAAGUUCACAACUUAAAUCUCCACCAACUGCUGGGACUAUGGGAGGACAAUUCGCAGCAAUGCAAUUACAACCGGAAACAAAAUCAAAAUGUAAGUCCUAUUUCAUGAAUUAA